ACGUGAUGUCGACAACGUGCCCCAAUGGCUCCAUUGUCCAACAGUUGGGCUUCCUCAUUGUUUUGCUGUCAAUCGUGAUGUCAGGACAGGCAGCGCCACGCCCCUUGGUGGGGGGCGUUAGCCCUAAUGCACCUGCUGUUGCACUACCAACGCAUUUGUUCUUCAAUGAACUACUCGAAUCGGGUGAUGAGGAUAACACCUAUUUGGGUGAGCAAAUGAAAUAUCAGGAGAUGCAACAACAACAACAACAACAACAGCACUAUGCACCCACAUCGAAUUAUUUUGCCAAUAAAUGGCCAUCGCUACACGAUUUGCUAUUGACUGCCGACUAUGAUGAUAUGCAGCCGUUGGAGAACUCACAUGAACGUGAAGUCACCAAUUCUCGUCUCUUGGCACGUCUACACAGAUUGGGCGAUAAUCCGGCAGAUGAAGAGUUGCGAUAUAAUGUGGUUAACGAUUUCACCGAUGCACGAGCCAAGAAAUUUGGUAAUUCUGGACCCAAACUAAGGUUGCCCAUUAAUCUGGGACACAAUACCAAGAAGAAUGUUCAAUUUCGUAAACAAUAUAUGUCGCCGUGCCACUUUAAGAUUUGCAACAUGGGACGCAAACGUAGUGUCCCCUCGAAUGUUUCCUAUUGAAUUUAUUGCAAAGAUGACACAACUCGUCCAAUCCCCUCACAAACCCCUCCCAAAAACCAAAAAAAGAAAAACUAAAUAUUAGCCAAAGUAUA